AUGCUCGAAACUGGUCCCGUAAAAAACACACCCGAAGGCAACACCUUCCAAUAUCAAUCCAAACUCUCCAAGCUACCUAUUCCAGACCUCCAAGGCACUAUUGAUCGCUAUUUAUCAGCUCUGAAACCUUUGCAGUCUGAAGAAGAACAUGAAAAAAGUCGAGCUGCUGCAGAAUCAUUUUUGAAUCACGAAGGCCCUUCUCUUCAAGAAGAGCUCAAGGAGUAUGCUGCUGACAAGCAAUCCUACAUUGAAGAGUUUUGGUAUGACUCGUAUCUCCAGACAACGGAUCCCGUGGUGCUCAAUCUCAAUCCCUUCUUUUUGUUGGAGGACGAUCCCACGCCACAACGCAAUGACCAAGUCGUGCGUGCAGCCUCUCUCAUUUACUCGACAUUGACCUUUAUUGAUGCGUUGAGGAAGCGAACAUUGGAGCCUGAUGUCUUUCGUGGUACGCCACUAUGCAUGUCACAGUUUACGCGGCUGUUUGCUACGUCUCGUGUGCCCACCGACAAUGGAUGCUACAUUGCACCUUCCGAAGACUCUCGACACAUUGUGGUGCUAGCCCACUCUCAGUUUUAUCAUUUUGAAGUGUUUGAUGAAAAUGGCGACUUUGCAUUGACAGAGAAGGAGAUUGCACAAAACCUUCGAGCUAUCAAGAACGAUGCAAGAAAGGUGCCCGUUACAGAAAUUGCAAAGAAUGCCAUUGGUGUCUUGACAACCGAGAAUCGUCGCAACUGGGCUCGUUUGAGAAAGGAUUUACAAAAUGAUCCAGUGAAUCGGGAUGCGCUUCAAGUCGUGGAUACAGCUUUAUUCAUUGUGUGCCUGGACCAUGUGUCGCCAUCCAACGUGGAGGAGUUGAGCACCAACAUGCUAUGUGGCACCUACAAGUUGGAUCAAGGAUUACAAGUGGGCACUUGUACCAAUCGUUGGUACGACAAGCUACAGAUCAUUGUAUGCCAAAACGGAAGCGCUGGUAUCAACUUUGAGCACACAGGCGUUGAUGGUCACACGGUCUUACGUUAUGUCUCCGACAUUUACACGGACACCAUCCUACGAUUCGCCAAGACUAUCAACAGCCAAACCAAGUCCAUCUUCCAUUCUCAAAAUACCCAAGAUGCUUCAUCCCCAGGCCGUCGUGGAAGUGCCUCGUCAGGUUCAUCGGCCUUUGAUAGCAACCCACGUCGUAUCGAAUGGAACAUGACUCGUGAUUUGACUUUGGGCGUACGCUUUGCUGAAACAAGACUCUCUGAUUUGAUCCUCCAAAAUGAAGUCAAAGUCCUCGAAUUCACAAAGUAUGGCAAAUACUUUAUCACUGACAUGAAAAUGAGUCCCGAUGCUUUUGUUCAGAUGGCCUAUCAAGCAGCUUAUUAUGGUCUCUAUGGCAAAUCCGAUUGUACCUAUGAACCUGUGAUGACGAAAACGUUUUUGCACGGACGCACGGAAUCCAUCCGCAGUGUAACAGAGACCUCCAAACAGUUCCUUGACACGUUUUACUCGCCCACAGCCUCAUCGCAUGAAAAGUUGGAAGCAUUACGCAAGGCUUUGAAAAGACAUACGGCUCUCACGCGUGAAUGUGCCAAGGGUCUUGGUCAUGAUCGUCAUCUCUAUGCACUUGAAUGCUUGUGGGAGCGUACGCACAAAGGUGAAAAGAAGCCUCUUAUCUUUACGGACAGCGGCUGGAAAACGAUGAACCAUACGGUGAUCAGCACAUCCAAUUGUGGUAAUCCUGCAUUGCGACUCUUUGGUUUUGGCCCUGUUGUAUCGGAUGGCUUUGGUAUUGGAUACAUUAUCAAGGAAGACGGCAUUGCUUUUGUUGCAUCCUCCAAGCAUCGUCAAACCGAACGCUUCCUUUCUACAUUGGAAAACGUCUUGCUUGAAAUCCAAUCCAUGUUACUCAAAGAAAAGUAUCCCAGUGGUCUAUCGCAACGACAACGAUUGCUUGCCAUGGAGGAAGCCCACGAAAUCGCUAAUGGCUAUAGCUACUUUGAUAAUGGUGACGAGUUUUCCGAUUCCUCAUCCCAAAGCAGUACUACUCGCAAGAUUGGCAAGCGUUUGGUCCUCACACCUUGA